UUCCCUUAUUGAAUUGGUCUGCCACAUUCACAAUUUUUUUCUUUCUUCAUAAUUUUCAUUCAUCAUUCCAAUCUUAUUUAUUUUAUUCUUUCUUUUUUUGCAACAGAAUUUCUUGAAUUUUUAUUGUUUUCAUAGAAAUUGAAAAAAAUUGAAAUUUUUUGUUUAUUUCUGGUGUUUUAUAUAACCACGUGUUUUUUCAAUCUGUUUUGUUCGAGCCUUUGAUGUGAUUUUUUUUUGUAUACAACAAUUGAAAAAUGGUUUUAGCUGAUUUAGGAAGAAAAAUUACAACGGCCUUAAGGUCGCUUGGUAAUGCUACAAUAAUUAAUCAAGAAGUAUUGGAUGGACUUCUUAAAGAAAUCUGUACGGCAUUAAUCGAAUCCGAUGUUAAUAUUAUGCUUGUAAAACAAUUACGUGAAAAUGUUCGACGUGUUAUCGAUUUUGAUGAAAUGGCAGCCGGCCUUAAUAAACGUCGAAUGAUUAUGCGUGCCGUAUUUCAAGAAUUAUGUAAAUUAUUAGAUCCUGAAGUUAAAGCAUGGCAACCGGUGAAAGGAAAAACAAAUGUUAUUAUGUUUGUCGGUCUACAGGGUAUUGGUAAAACGACCACCUGUACAAAAAUGGCCUAUUAUUAUAUGAAAAAAGGAUGGAAAUGUGCAUUAGUUUGUGCUGAUACAUUUCGUGCUGGUGCCUUCGAUCAAUUAAAACAGAAUGCAACAAAAGCUCGAAUUCCAUUUUAUGGUUCAUAUACAGAAUCCGAUCCAGUUGUUAUUGCAUCCGAAGGUGUGGAAAAAUUUUCGAAUGAAAAUUUUGAAAUUGUUAUUGUUGAUACUAGCGGUCGUCAUAAACAGGAAAGCUCAUUAUUCGAAGAAAUGUUAGCCAUUCAGGCGGCUAUACAACCUAAUCUGGUUAUCUACGUUAUGGAUGCCUCGAUUGGUCAAGCUUGUGAGUCACAGGCCAGAGCAUUUAAAUCAAAAGUCGAUGUUGGAGCGAUUAUUGUAACAAAAUUGGAUGGUCAUGCAAAAGGUGGUGGUGCAUUGAGUGCUGUGGCUGCAACAAAAUCACCUAUCAUUUUCAUCGGUACCGGUGAACAUAUCGAUGAAUUCGAACCGUUCAAAGUAAGACCUUUCAUAUCGAAACUAUUGGGCAUGGGUGAUAUUGAAGGUCUAAUAGAUAAAGUCAAUGAAUUGAAACUUGAUGAUAAUGAAGAAUUGAUUGAAAAGCUUAAACACGGAGAAUUCACCAUACGAGAUAUGUAUGAACAAUUGACAAACAUAAUGAAAAUGGGUCCAUUCAAUCAGAUUCUUAAUAUGAUACCAGGAUUUGGUGCUGAAUUAGCUAAAUGUGCAUCCGAAGCUGAAUCUAUGUCACGACUUAAACGUAUGAUGACCAUUAUGGAUUCGAUGAGUGAUUCAGAAUUAGAUUCAAGAGAAGGAGCUAAAUUAUUUUCAAAACAACCGACUCGAAUUGUUCGUGUUGCACGUGGUGCUGGUGUUACACAACGUGAAGUACAAGAAUUAUUAUCCCAAUAUACGAAAUUUGCAGCCGUAGUGAAAAAAAUGGGAGGUAUAAAAGGUUUAUUCAAAAGCGGUGAUCUAACUAAAAAUGUCAAUCCAGCUCAAAUGGCCAAACUAAAUCAACAAAUGGCUAAAAUGAUUGACCCAAGAGUUUUACAGCAAAUGGGUGGAAUGUCUGGCCUACAAAAUAUGAUUCGACAAUUGCAUACAUCACAUGUUCCGGGUGGAUUUAAAUAAAUUUGAUUCUUGUAAAUGAAAAACUGCAUUAAUCUUUUAUCUUCUUGUAUCAUAUUAAUUGAAAAAAAACUUGUUCAUUUUAUACAUCAUUAAUUAUUUUGUUUU